AUGUCAUCUGAUACUACUGAAACAUCAUUACAAUCUUCAAUUGUUGUAUCUGGUACAGCAAGCUCAACUGAUGUAAGUUCUGCUACAAAAUCUGGUGAAAAAACAGCACGUGAUCAAUUUUAUACUGAUAUUAAAAUGAUGGAUGAAAAGAAAUCAUGGCAGGCAACAUGCAAAAUUUGUAAAGGUACAAUACGUGGAACCAAAGGUGUUACUUCCAAUUAUAAUCUACAUAUUAAAGAUUUUCAUCCAACUGAAUAUAAAUCAUGGCAAGAACAAUUACAGUCCAUAAUAAAGUAUUAUUCAUCAAGCUCAACGUAUUCGAAUAUUCAUCCACGUCAAGUUGAAUUACAAAAAUCCAUCGUUGAAAAUUUAAUAAUCGAGCUUGGUCUUCCUUUAUCACUUAUUGAACGUCCAGCUUUUAUUAAUUUUAUGUCUCAUGUUGAUCCUAGAUUUUCUACAAUUAGUCGACGUACACUAACUCGUACAAUAUUACCAAACUUAUACACAAAAAUGUUAGAUGGCUUAAAAUCGUUCUGUUCAAUAGCAACGUCUAUUUCAUUGACCUUAGAUUUAUGGACAGACAGAAGACAACGUGCAUUUUUUGCUUUGACAGGACAUGCAAUUAUUAAUUCGGAAUUUAAAUCAUAUGUCAUGUCUUUUCAACCAAUUUAUGGUAAUCACCGAGCGCCUUUAUUAUUGGAUGCAUAUGAAGCAUGUAUUAGUAGUUUUAAUAUACAAGGAAAGCUCGUACGAUUAGUUACAGACAGCUCUUCAAAUAAUAUUGCAGCAUUUAGUAGUUUAAUUAUAUCUGGUUUUGAAUCUUAUUUUCAAGAUGACGAUGAUAAAUUAUAUUCAGAUUGGUGCAGCGAUGGUGAACAAAUCGAAUCAGAUGAAACUACAAUUGAUAAUAAUAUGUCAUUGGACGCUCAAGAUGUUCUUAAACAAUUUCUUGAUUCAAUUGUUAUUGAUGAUGAUUCAUUUCGUUUGCCCUGUUACGGUCAUUCAAUUCAGUUAGUUGUCAAAGAUGGUUUAAAAGGUUCAACUUGUGUUCAGUCUUCAUUAGAAAAAAUUUCGAAAAUAGCCAAGUUAUCUCAUUCUUCAACAGUAGUAGCGGAACGUCUUGAAAGUAUUCAAGUAUGUAUUCCAAAUGCCAAUAAAACUCGUUGGAAUUCACAAUAUGAAAUGGUUAUGACUAUAAUUAGUAUUCAACCAUCUGAUUUAAAUGAGAUUUUAAUACAAACACAACAUCGAGAAUUAUGUCUUAAAUCAUUAGAUUAUCAAAUGCUUAAUGAAUUUGUUUCUUUAUUAACACUUUUUGCUGAAGCUACAACUAUUACACAAGCACAAAACACUCCUUCAAUUUCGAUUGUAGCUCCUUCAAUUUUAGCUAUUUAUGAUGAUCUUUUACUUGAACGGGCAAACGUUAAACAUGCAUCAAGUUUAUGCGAAUGUUUAUUAGAAUCACUUUUAUCUCGUUUUGGUGGUAUGUUAGAGCAAAUGUUAUUAGUAAUUGAUAUUUCGGAAAAGAAAAAAAAGAAAAAAUUUUAUGAUCUUUUUAAAGAUCCUGUCUUUUUAUUAGCACCAUUUUUAGAUGGUCGAUUUCGUUUAAAUUGGAUAUCAGGUUCAUCUCUUUUGGAACAAGUACAAGAAGAAUUAUCUAGCAAAAUACAGCAAUUUGUAUUAGAACAAUGUAUUUUACUUGAACGAGCUAAUGUACCAUCUGGAACAUCAGAUAAUGAUAAUCCAACGCUAAGUCCAAUAGCACAAACACAAUCAUUAUCUGCUUGUGCUGCAACAAGUCCUAUUACACCAAAACGAAAAUAUUUAUUUACAAACGUUGUCAAGGAAACAAAAAAGCCUAAACCUGAUCCAUUCAGUUAUAUUAAAGAUGAAAUAUCCAAAUAUUUGAAUGAUGAAAAUACAGAUGCUAUGGUUCUUUUAAAAUCUUCGAACAUUUAUCCAACACUAUCCAAAUUAGCAACGAAAGUUCUGUCGAUUCCUGCAACUUCUGCUCCUCGUACUAUUAAAGUCGGAAAUAUUUCUCAAGAUUUAUCUAUUCAACAAUUGGAGAAUUUAUUUACUGAUAAUCAAAUUGAAGGAAUUGAAAGUAUUCAUAUUCCAGUAGAUAAUCUUGGUUUUCAAUUUGGUUUUUUAUUCAUUACAUUUAAUUCAAGUCAAUAUUUUGAAGAUUUUUGUUCAAAAAUUGAUGAUAAUAGUAAAUUUUUAUAUAUUACAGAAAGAAAAUACAACGGUCCUUUCAUUGUUGAACCACAUGAGCUACCAGAUUGUAAUUUAAAUAAUCAACAAGAAAUUGAGUAUGAUUGUAUAUUAAAAAAUUAA